AUGAAUGCAGAGGAAGCUGUCUACGCAAGACAUAUGCAUGAUGGCUUUGAUCCCCAAGCAGGGCCAUCACAGGUUGGCGAGUUUCCUCCGCCUGAUAAGAAGAGAAGAGAAUCCACCAGCAAGACGGGAGGUGAACCAAAGAAUAAAAAGGAUGAUCCGAACCUCAAGUGGCCCGAAAAGUUAAGGACUGAUCCUAAUAGGAGAGCUAAGGACAAAUACUACAGGUUCCACAAAGACCAUGGUCAUAACACAGAUGAUUGCAUUGACCUAAAGCAGCAGAUCGAGGAUCUGAUCCAAAGAGGGAGACUUCAACAUUUUGUAACGAAGAAGUACCAGAAGCAAUCCAGGAGGGAAAAUACCAGCAAGGAGAGUAGAGAUGGCGCCACCCCCCGGUCAGGUCCCAUUGGAAAGAUCAAGGUCAUCCAUGGAGGAUUUGCUGGAGGCGAAGAGUCCAGCAAUGCUAGAAAAACUCACCUAAGAAAACUAAGAUUAGAAGAACAUUUAGAGGUCAACACGGUUGGCCGCCCAAGCAAGGUCCAGAAAAAGGAAGAAAUACCCAUUAUUUUCUCAGAGGAAGAUAUCAAGGGAGUUCAAAUCCCUCAUGAUGACCCACUGGUAAUAACCAUUGUCAUAGCAAACUACCUCACACGUAGGGUACAGAUAGAUAGCAGAAGCUCAGCUGACAUCCUCUCUACCUCCAUGCAUAUGACCAACUAA